CCUUGCAAAAAGUAUAUUGUAGGAAUAAAUAUCCUACAAGGUACAAACCUUUCUCUUUAUCCUUUUGAGCUUUGAAGGGCCGACAGCAAUGGAUCUCUGGGUCAGUAGCUCUACAAGGUUCAUGAACGAGAACCCAUCUCAACCCUCUCACACCUUUCUCCGCGCGACCUCUGCCCAUUCUCUCAGAAACCCAGUUUUCCAAUUCAAGCACAAGCACAGACCCUUCAGCUCCCUCAAGCUUCCCUCUCCUUCCCGCCAAAUCCACCUCCUUCAACCUCAUCCAUUUCCCCGAAAUCCCGGUCACUUCGCCAUUUCAGCGUCUCCUUCGUCUUCUUCUUCCUCUUCGGUUGCUCUUGGCAAUGAAAAAGAUCGGCUUCCGGCCGAUAUCGAGGUCAAAGAGACCGAAGAACCCAAUUGUAGAGUUAGGUUGAGCGUAGGAGUUCCACAAGCUGUAUGCGAGGAUUGCUACAAGAGGGUCAUAAAUGAGUUCAUGAAGCAAGCGAAGGUCCCCGGAUUUCGUCCUGGAAAGAAUGUUCCCGAAAGUAUUCUUUUAAGUCAUGUUGGAAAGAAGAAUGUGCAAAAGGCUACUGUUGAAUCUAUUUUGAAGAGGACACUUCCACAUGCCAUGGCCUCGGUGACAGGAAAGGCCUUGAGAGACUCAGUCCGCAUUGUAACCAAAUUUUCUGACAUGGAGCAGACCUAUUCUUCUCUGAACACUCUCAGAUAUGAUGUCAUUGUCGACGUGGCACCUCAAGUUAAAUGGAAUCCUGAGAAUGGAUACAAGAACUUAAAGGUUGUUGUUGAAAUAGACAGUGACAUAGAUGCUCAGAGAGCUUCUGAGCUAGAACUGAGACGUCGUCACAAAUCCCUUGGUUUGCUGAGAAUUGUAACAGAUAGAGGACUGCAGAUUGGUGAUGUUGCUGUUCUUGACAUAUCAGCAACAACAAUUGAUCAAGAUGAGUUGAAUGUUGUAGAGCUUCCAUCUGCAGAGAGUAAAGGUUUUCAUUUUGAUACAGAAGAUGGUGAUAAAGUGAUUCCCGGGUUCAUCGAUUCAAUUAUAGGAAUUCGACCAGGUGAAACGAAGUCCUUUCCUCUUGUAUUUCCCGAAUCAUGGAAACAAGAGAAUCUCCGUGGUGUUCAUGCUCAAUUUACUGUUGAAUGUAAAGAACUAUUUUACAGAGACUUACCUGAACUGGAUGACUCCCUUGCUGUCAGGCUUCUUCCUGGGUGCACCACUCUGAAGCAGGUUAAGGAAUUAUUGUUACAGAGAUAUCUAGAAGUGGAGGAAACGGCUAGAGAACAAGCAACAGAUAAUGCAAUUCUAGAUCAGCUUCAAAAGAUGGUAGAGGUUGAAAUUCCUCAAUCUUUGUUUGAGGAACAAGGUAGGCAAUUUUAUGGAGCCAAGCUUCUAGAGAUACAGGCAAAUGUGAAACUAAAUGAACAACAAUUGGCUUCUCUAUCAAGUCCAAAGGCAGUUGAUGAGUAUCUGGAAAGCCAGAAGGAAAAUAUAUUGAACGUAAUAAAACAAAAUCUGGCAGUUGGAGAUAUAUAUAAACGUGAAAAUUUGCAGUUUUCAACGGACGAUCUUGUGAAGGAGGUUGAGAAUUCCAUAGCUGAAUUUAAACGUCAAAAACAAGAAUAUGAUGAGGAGAGGGUGAGGGAACAGGUACAGGAGAUACUGGAAGGAGCGAAGGUACUUGAAUGGUUGAGAGAACAUGCUGAGAUUCAGUACAUAAACAGAUGAGAGAGAGAGAGAGAGAGAGAGAGAGUCACUGCCGCUAUUCAAAAUUUUUGUUUCUUAUUAUAUGACGUUCCUCAUAGUUAAAUACGAUCCAAGAUCGCUAGAAAGUUUGCCUAGAAUAUUGGAAUAAACAAAAACCCGAGUAUUUCAUGUUCA